GUCACUUGUGAGCAACUCCUACCAUUGGAAGUGAAGAAGAAGAAGAACAGAGGCGUGGCUUUGAAGGCCAGGAGGAAAAGCAAGUUUAGAUCGUAAGGACUUGAACUAUUGGAGUAACAAUCUGGUCAUCGAGAGGCUAGUGGAGUAAUCAUGGCCUACUCGAACUACAGCAACUUGAGCAGAGCUCAACUUACCUUUGAAUACCUGCAUACAAACUCAACAACCCAUGAGUUCUUGUUUGGGGCCUUGGCAGAGCUUGUGGACAAUUCCAGGGAUGCCAAUGCCACACGAAUAGACAUUUACACAGAGAAAAGGUCAGAGCUACGGGGCGGCUACAUGCUAUGUUUUCUUGAUGAUGGCAUUGGAAUGGAACCAAGUGAGGCAACCCACGUGAUCCAAUUUGGAAAGUCAAGCAAACGAUCCCCUGACUCCACACAAAUAGGCCAAUACGGAAAUGGACUGAAAUCGGGAUCCAUGCGAAUUGGGAAAGACUUCAUCUUGUUUACAAAGAAGGGCAACAGUCUUACUUGCCUUUUUUUAUCAAGAACUUUCCAUGAAGAAGAAGGUCUCGAUGAGGUAAUCGUGCCUCUCCCGUCCUGGAAUUUGCAAACUAAACAGCCGGUGACGUCUGACCCAGAGAAGUAUGCCGUUGAGACAGAGCUGAUAUUUAAAUACUCACCAUUUAAAACUGAACAAGAGUUGAUGGAGCAGUUCAGCAAAAUAGAAAGUGCAAGCGGUACCCUGGUGAUUAUCUAUAAUCUGAAGUUGAUGGACAACAGAGAACCAGAGUUGGACGUGGAGACAGAUCACCAGGACAUACUAAUGGCUGGAAUGGUUGCUGAAGGAGUGAAACCGGAGAGAAGGUCGUUUAGAGCAUAUGCUGCAGUGUUGUACAUCGACCCCCGCAUGAGGAUUUUUAUCCAGGGACAUAAAGUGAGGACCAAGAGGUUGUCCUGCUGUCUUUAUAAACCUAGGGUUUAUAAGUACUCAUCGACGCGUUUUAAGACACGUGCUGAACAGGAAGUCAAGAAAGCAGAUCACCUUGCAAAGAUUGCGGAGGAGAAAGCCAGAGAGGCAGAAAGCAAGCGUUUAGCCAUGGAGGAAAGACUUGGAGAUGAUUUGUCUAAAGAUUCUCGAACGAUCCUGAGAAAAACCCAGGAUUCCGCCAUGAUGCUGAGACGGGAUGCCGACAUGAAGAAAAUAAUUCUUGAGGCCAAACAGAAAGCGUUAAAGGAGCCCAAGGAACUGAACUUCAUUUUUGGAGUUAACAUUGAACAGAGGGACCUGGAUGGGAUGUUUGUAUACAACUGCUCUCGUCUUAUUAAGAUGUACGAAAAGACAGGUCCGCAGCUGGAUGGAGGCAUGGCCUGUGGGGGUGUUGUCGGUGUGGUGGAUGUCCCAUAUUUAGUUUUGGAGCCUACUCACAACAAGCAAGAUUUUGCAGAUGCUAAAGAGUAUCGGCAUUUGCUUAAGUCCAUGGGGGAACAUCUGGCUCAGUAUUGGAAGGACACUAAUAUUGGUUACUUCAUCACAACAGUCAUCUCGCAAGGAAGCUGCAGUGAUGAUAACGUAACUUUUGUACUUGAGAAAAAUACUCAGAAAGGCAUCGUGAAGUUCUGGGAUGAGUUUGGAUACUUGUCAGCAAGCUGGUCUGCACCUCCGUCUUCGGAGGCUAGAUAUAAGAGACGUCGUGCCAUGGAGAUUCCACUUACCAUUCAGUGUGAUAAAUGCUUAAAGUGGAGAACACUGCCAUUCCAGAUGGAUGCUGUUGAUAAACGCUAUCCAGACAGUUGGGUGUGUUUGAUGAACCCAGAUGGCACCCAGGAUAGGUGUGACGCUCCUGAGAAGAAACCCAAUUUGCCAUGUGGUAUCCUGAAAAAAGAAAAACAAACAAGUGAAGACAAACAAAAAGAGCUUGAAGAGAAAAUCAAACAGCAGCAGGAUAAACUGGAGGCCUUGCAGAAAACCAACACUGUCAAAUCUGCAGCAGACAUUAAGAAGUUACCACUGGAUGUUAGCAUGAGGCCAGCAGCAGAGAGCCCCUCAAAGGCGAGUCGCUCCUCAGAGAGGUCUGUGACCCGCCCCCGUUCACCGCCGCUGCCAGCUCACCUCAAGAUGCCACAGAGUACUCUUCCACCCCGCGCCGUCACUCAGCGGUCCACGCGGACACCUGCUCCUCCCCCUGCUCCACCUAAGGUUGAACCAUCCCGAGCCAAAGCAACGGCAAAGUCACACGCAGGAAAGCCCACUGCCAAACCUUCCAAACCACCCCCACCAAGCCGCCCUUCAAGGACACUCACCAAAGCAUCAGCUAAACCUGCUGCUGCACUACAACGUAGGAGAAUAAUUGUGCAGGAGGACAGUGAUGAUGAUGAGGAGGAAGACGAAGAAGAAGAGGAGGAGGAAGAGGAAGAAGAAGGAACUGGGGAGAGUGAAGAUGAAGAACCCCAGACAAAGAAGUCAAAGAUGGACACUGCGGCUGGUAACCGGGCUAAAGCGGUGGAGAAAGUCCCACCCGCCAAACGUGGAAAGUUAGACGAGGUUAGCAAACAAUCACAGCCUGCGAAGAAAGGAGUAGCUACUUCCCCACGACAGAGCCCUGUUGCUAAACCCAAGGUGCCAGAGAAGGCGCCAGAAAAGGCGCCCGAGAAAGCACCGGUGAAGGCACUACAGCAAGAACCAGAGAAUGCUUCGAAAGAUAAGGGACUGCUAGUUGAAGUCCGUGUCAAUAAGGAGUGGUUCACAGGAAAAGUCGUUGCUGUGGAAUCAAACAAACAGAGUGUUCGCUGGAAAGUCAAGUUUGACUAUGUGCCCCGAGCCACGCCGAAAGACAGAUGGGUGUUUAAAGGCAGCGAUGAAGUCCGCCUGAUGCGUCCGCCGUCUCCCAUCACCCAGACGCCUGACACCCAGCAGGAGAAUGAGAGGGUUUCUGCAGCCAUGGAGCCAGAUACCACACAACCUGGCACCAGUCGAGAGGUGACAGAGAGCCUGGUCACCAUGUUGAGGACAAUGCUGCGUUACUUCUUCCCGCCUGCUUUUCAGAUUCCUAAGGAUGACGUCAAUGGCAUGACUGCAGAGGAGCUGGUGGCCUUUCCUCUGAAAGAGUAUUUCCAGCAGUACGAAUCAGGUCUGCAGUCACUGUGCAACUCGUACCAGAGCAGAGCAGACGCCAAGGCCAAAGCUGUGGAAGAGAAAAGCAAUAGCACAGAGUUGAAACUGAAGGAAGCAGAUGAGAAACUCCAAAAAUUACGGACCAACAUUGUUGCACUUCUACAAAAAGUUCAAGAGGAUAUUGACAUUAACACCGAUGAUGAACUUGAUGCAUAUAUUGAGGACCUUCUCACUAAAGGAGAUUAAACGGGAUGGACCAGAGAAAUCAACAAGAAGGAAAAAGACUGUUCUCACUAAACGACUGACAGCCAUGAUACUUACAUCACCCCCGGCACUCCUAAUUGAGUUCCAUGUGAACAUUUAGGAAUGUUUUCAUUGUUAAAGAUGCACCGUUUUCUUUUAUUAAGCAGUAAGCAUACACUCCGUUCUGGUGUUUGUCUUUUAUUUUUGUUUUUACAUUGUUGACAGCCCUCUAUUUAGCAUGUGGAUUUCAUUUGUUUGUUUGUUUUUUUAUCAACCUGCUUCUACUGUUCUGUAUUUGUUAAACAGUGACGAAGCCAUCCUAUCUUACUUUAAACUUUGUAGGUUUAAUACAGUUUAGUCACUUUAAGGCAGUGAGAAAAAAAACUGCUGUUUAUUUUGCGCUAUUGUCAGGUGACACGUUGAUACCCAGUGUUUUAAGAGUUGGGGUUGACUAACCAAUACUCUAUCUGUCCAUAUAUAAACACUUACUAUUAUUUUUGUACACUCAAAUAUGUUAGUUUUGUUCAUUAUACUCCCCCAUCCUGACCAGCUCAACUAGAAGACUGAGUAUACUGUAUCACACUAUGAAAUGCAUACUGGGUUUUAUCAGUAUAAAAGUUAACGCGUUUUCUGUUCAUUUGGAGAAAAAAGUCUGUUUAAUGCAAAGGUAGAGUUUUCCUACUCUAAUCGUUAUGUCUUUUGGAACAUAUUUUAGCAUUUCAACAUUUUAUUCAACUUUGCAUGUUUCAGUGUUCUUGGUAAGUUGGGAGAAAUGGUUCUGUAUUUUUGAAAAAUCUUCAACAAUAAAACUGGUUCAGCGA